GAAAUAUUUCCAUCAUCAGAUUCCAACCUCAUCAGAUCACUGACAAACUUGUACGAUUGUUUUAUGGAUGACUUUUAUGAUGAAGAUUUUAUAAAGAAUAUAUCAGAUUUGGAUACGAGAGCUCAGUUAGAAGGUGUGUUCUUUUUCUCUUGCAUCUGGUCGAUUGGUGCCUGUCUAAACAGCCCAAGCAGAGAGAAUUUCAGUGCUCUCUUUUACGGGCUUUUGCAAAAGGAAUUUCCACCUCAAUUGAAGGAUGAUUUUGGCAUUCCCGACCAAUUAAUAAUACCACCUUUGAAGCCCUACAUUUACACUAUACCUGAGCAGGCAACAGUAUUCGACUACCGAUUUAUCAAAGAAGGCAAAGGAAAGUGGAAGCUGUGGUCUGAGGAGUUGACCACUGCUCCUCCCAUCCCCAGAGACAUUCCUGUCAACCAGAUCAUAGUCCCUACAGUGGAGACUGUGAGGAACAUAGCUCUUUUACAGUUACUCGUCUUGCAUCAGAAACCUGUCAUGUUUGUGGGCCCAACUGGGACUGGCAAAUCUUCAUAUACUCAGGAUUUCUUACUGAAGAAAGUUGACAACAAUGUAUAUAAACCCAUGUUCAUAAACUUUUCUGCUCAGACAUCAGCCAACCAAACCCAAGAUAUAAUUAUGACCAAAUUAGAUAAGAGGAGAAAAGGGGUUUAUGGUCCGCCUCUGGGCAAGAAGUGUGUGGUGUUUGUGGAUGAUGUAAGCAUGCCGAUGAAAGAAACAUAUGGAGCACAGCCACCUAUAGAAUUGCUGAGGCAGUGGCUAGACCACCGCAUCUGGUAUGACCGCAAGGACAAUGUGGCCAUGAAACUCAUCGACAUACAGUUGGUCUGUGGCAUGGGACCUCCCAGCACAGGGAACACUGUUACGCCUCGGUUUAGCCGCCAUUUCAACAUUACUGUUAUAAACGAGUUUGAAGAUGAGACAAUGGUGACGAUAUUUGGCAAAAUAAUGUUGUGGCACUUAGACACUAGAGGGUUCAGCAAAGAGUUUGAUCCUUGCAUAGAUCAACUGGUCUCCGCUACACUAUACAUUUACAAGCAGAGUUUGGCGAAUCUCCUGCCUACCCCUGCCAAGUCCCAUUAUUUGUUCAACCUCAGGGAUUUUUCACGUGUAAUUCAGGGUGUUCUGCUGUCAGUUCCAGAAGCUAUGGAAGACUUGGUAGCAAUGAAGAGACUGUGGGUGCACGAGGUGUUAAGAGUCUACUAUGACAGGCUGGUGGAUGACACGGAUCGUGACUGGAUAUUCAAUACAUUGCAUGUAGUUGUUCAGAAAUAUCUUGAAGAAGAUUUAAACCAAAUGUUUGCCCACCUUGUAAAGGAUAAGCCAGUUGGCAGCCGUGUUGGAGAAACAGAGUUGCGUCGUCUCCUCUACUGUGACUUUGCUAACCCCAAAGCUGACACCAGAAACUAUAUUGAAGUAACUGAUUUGGAUGCUCUACGCGUCAUUGUGGAAGGUUACUUAAACGAAUACAACAACAUGAGCAAAAAGCCAAUGAAUUUGGUUCUGUUCAGGUUUGCAAUAGAACACCUGUCCAGAAUUUGCCGUAUUCUGAAACAGCCUCGCAGCCAUGCCUUACUGGUCGGGGUGGGAGGCAGCGGCAGACAAUCUCUCACACGAUUAGCUGCACACAUCUGCGAGUAUGAUAUCGUCCAAGUGGAGAUCAGUAAACUGUACGGCAUGUACGAGUGGCACGAAGACCUAAAACACACUUUACUACGAGCUUGUGCCAGUGAUCAACACGUUGUGUUUCUUUUCACUGAUACUCAGAUCAAAGAGGAGGCUUUUGUGGAGGACAUAAGCAACAUGCUUAACUCAGGAGAGGUGCCAAACCUGUUUGGUACUGAUGAGAAGGCUGACAUUUGUGAGAAGAUGAGGGUUAUUGAUCGCCAGAAAGAUAAAUCUCAACAGACAGAUGGAAGCCCUGUAGCUCUCUUCAACUUGUUUGUACAAAUCGUGAAGGACCAGCUGCACGUGGUUCUUGCAUUCAGCCCUAUCGGUGAUGGGUUCAGGAACAGAAUCCGGAAGUUCCCUGCUUUGGUCAAUUGCUGCACCAUAAAUUGGUUCCAGGCAUGGCCGCCAGACGCACUGCUGGCUGUGGCAACCAAGUUCCUUGGGGAAAUUGAUCUGCCAGAGAAUGAACGAACAGCUUGCAUCGAGAUGUGCCAAGAGUUCCACACUUCCACCCACAACAUGGCAGUAGAGUACUUCCUGAGGCUACAGAGGCACACGUAUGUCACACCCACAUCAUACUUGGAGCUGAUCAACACUUUCAAAGAUUUGCUUUCCAAGAAACGAGAGGAGUUGAUGACAGGAAAGCGCAGAUACGAGGUGGGUGUGGAGAAGUUGGUGUAUGCAGCAGGUGAGGUCAGUGUGAUGCAGGAUGAGCUGAUACAGCUACAGCCAGCACUUCAGCAGGCAGCAGCAGAUGUCAAGGAGAUAAUGACCAAGGUGGAGUCAGAAUCAGAGGAUGUGGCCAAGGUGGAGGAGGUAGUAAAAGCUGACGAAGCAGUAGCCAACGAACAAGCAGAGGCAGCUAAUGCGAUUCGGACAGAGUGUGACGCACGUCUGGCCGAAGCCAUGCCCAUCCUACAGGCUGCACUAGCUGCUCUAGAUACUCUCACUCCAGCUGACAUCACUGUCGUCAAGUCCAUGAAGAGUCCACCCAAGGGAGUCCGCCUUGUCAUGGAAGCUGUCUGCAUCCUCAAGGAUGUAAAACCAGACAGAAUACCAGAUCCUGGUGGCAGUGGCAAGAUGGUGGAAGAUUUCUGGGGGCCGUCAAAACGAGUGCUUGGUGAUAUCAAGUUCUUAGACAGUCUUAUCAAUUUUGAUAAGGAUAACAUCCCCCCAAGAAUCAUGAAAGUGAUUAAUGAACGCUUUCUUAACAAUGAAGAUUUUGAUCCUGUAAAAAUCAAAACUGCAUCUACUGCAGCUGAAGGUCUGUGUAAAUGGAUAAAAGCCAUAUCCGAGUAUGACGUCCAAGCGAAAAUAAUCGCACCUAAGAGAGCCGCCUUGGCAGUGGCCGAAGGCGAUUACAACAAGGCCAUGGCAGCUCUGGAGAUCAAGAGGGCACAGCUGCGGGAGGUUCAGAAGAAGCUGGCAGACCUGGAAAAAGUUUUGGAACAGAACAAGGCAAGAUUCAAGGAUCUUCAAGAUGAUGUAGAUCUCUGUACCAAGAAGCUGCAGAGGGCUGAGGAACUGAUCGGUGGUCUUGGAGGUGAAAAGGAUCGUUGGACUGCAACCGCUAAACAACUUGGAGAGCGUUAUCAUCUUCUCACAGGAGAAAUCUUGGUGGCAUCUGGAGCUGUUGCGUACUUGGGGCCAUUCACUCUACAGUUCCGAAUAGACCAGAUAAAGAAGUGGGUGGACCAUGUGAACAGUUUCAACAUUUACUGCCCACGGGACUUCAGCUUGAUGGCUAUCCUGGGCCAACCGGUUGAGAUCAGAGCUUGGAACAUCUUUGGAUUACCCACAGACUCGUUCUCUAUAGACAAUGGCAUCAUUGUUAAAAAUGCCAGACGUUGGCCCCUGAUGAUCGACCCUCAAAGCCAAGCGAAUAAAUGGAUAAAAAAUAUGGAGAAAGCAAAUAAUUUAAGUGUCAUCAGGAUGAGUGGCUCUGACUAUGUUCGAGUUCUUGAAAAUGCCAUUCAGUUUGGCCAACCUGUUCUGUUAGAAAACAUUGGUGAAGAGUUGGAUGCAUUACUGGAGCCUCUUUUGAUGAAACAGACAUUCAAGCAAGGGGGUGCCAUCUGCAUCAAACUGGGUGACUCGGUCGUAGAGUAUUCACCUUUAUUUAGAUUCUACUUGACUACGAAGUUGAGGAAUCCGCACUACUUGCCCGAAGUGGCAGUGAAGGUUACACUGCUCAACUUUAUGAUCACACCGAUUGGGCUUGAAGACCAGCUGCUAGGAAUUGUAGUGGCCAAGGACAGGCCGGAUUUGGAGGCAGAGAAAAACCAGUUGAUUGUCCAGGGUGCAGAAAAUAAGAGAAUGUUGAAAGAAAUAGAAGAUAAAAUAUUGGAAGUGCUUUCAACCUCAGAAGGUAACAUUCUAGAAGAUGAGGAGGGGGUGAAUGUUCUGAGCUCCUCAAAAGUCCUGGCAAAUGAAAUCUCUGAGAAACAGGCAGUUGCUGAAGUCACUGAAAAGUCGAUAGAUGCAGCUCGACAGGAAUACCAGCCCAUAGCAAAUCACUCUACAGUGUUAUUUUUUAGCAUAGCAAAUUUGGCAAACAUUGAUCCAAUGUACCAAUAUUCUCUGGUUUGGUUUGUUAAUCUCUACAAAACUGCUAUUGACAACACAGAGAAAUCUGAAAAUGUGGAAGAGAGAAUUGAAGAGCUAUCAAAAUAUUUUACCUAUUCAUUGUACGUCAACAUAUGCCGCAGUCUUUUUGAAAAGGAUAAACUGCUGUUCUCUCUUAUCCUGUCAGUAAACUUGAUGUUCAAUACCAACAACAUGGACCAUGCAGAGUGGAUGUUCUUGUUGACUGGUGGAGUGGGUCUAGACAAUCCUCAUCCUAACCCGGCCUCCUGGCUCCCCCAGAAUUCUUGGGACGAGCUUUGCAGAUGUGAUGACCUGCCAAUGUUCCAAGGAAUCCGUGAACAUUUUGAAUCCAACAUAAAAGAAUGGAAAAAGUUUUUUGACAGCAUGGAACCCCAUAAGAACCCAUACCCAGAGCCUUGGGAGAAGAAACUUAACAGUUUCCAGAAGAUAGUACUUUUAAGAUGCAUCCGUUUUGAUAAGGUUGUGCCUGCCAUACAAGAUGAAGUUGAAGCUCAUUUGGGUCAGAGAUUUGUUGAGCCACCUCCAUUUGAUUUGCCAGCUUCUUUUGCGGACUCCCAUUGCUGCAUUCCGCUCAUCUUUGUCCUCACCCCCGGAGCUGACCCUACAGCUUUACUCCUCAAAUUUGCGGAGGAUAUGGGAUUUGGAGGGUCACGCCUGAACUCCCUGUCCUUAGGUCAAGGUCAAGGUCCAAUAGCAGUUCGGAUGAUUGAUGAGGGAGUCAAGAAUGGCACCUGGGUGGUGCUUCAGAACUGCCAUCUCGCCAAGAGCUGGAUGCCUACUCUAGAAAAACUGUGUGAGAACUUCAGUCCGGACAGCACUCACCCAGACUUCCGGCUCUGGCUCACAUCUUACCCGGCCGAGCACUUCCCUGUCUCAGUGCUGCAGAAUGGAGUCAAAAUGACAAAUGAACCUCCUAAAGGAAUGAGAGCCAAUGUUUUAAGGUCCUUUACUAGUGACCCAAUUGGCAAUCCAGAGUUUUUUGAAGGCUGCAAGCAGAGUAUGUCUUUCAAGAAACUUGUUUUCGGUCUCUGUUUCUUCCAUGCUCUUGUCCAAGAACGGAGGAAGUUUGGACCUCUCGGCUGGAACAUUCCAUACGAGUUCAAUGAAACUGAUCUGCGAAUUAGUGUUCAACAACUCCACAUAUUUCUCAACCAAUAUGAGGAUGUCCAGUACGAAGCCCUAAAUUAUCUGACCGGUGAAUGUAACUACGGAGGCAGAGUGACAGAUGACUGGGACCGAAGGUGUCUCAUCACAGUCCUCCGCAAGUUCUACUGUCCUGCUUUGGUUACAGAGUCUGAUUACUUUUUCGAUCCCUCAAAACUGUACUAUGUACCUGAAGUCAAGGACCAUGAAGCAUUUGUGAACUACAUCAAGACCUUUCCACUGAUCACCAACCCAUCGGUUUUUGGUAUGAACGACAAUGCUGACAUCAUGAAGGAUCAACAGGAGACCUUCGUUCUGUUCACAAACACUCUUCUAACUCAGGUACAUUAUAGUGAAAAGAACGUUUUCAGGUAUCUCAGACUGCAUUUCAUUGACAUUGCAGACAAAUGUAGCAGAUUGUACUUUUUGUCCGUUUGCACAUACCAGUACGGGUAUUUAUUCAUUAAUUUAUUCCUACAGAAAAUUCCACUUCAUUAUUAA